UCUGGGCUUUCAUUACUGAUCCUUUUCCUGCUAUUUGUCUCUUUUGUUCCCUCUUUUUCCCUCUGCAUUUUUGCUCCAGGGUUAUUUAUUUUUCUCUUCACUCCUUUUCUUUUCUGUAUUUUCUUUUGUAAGCCUGCCUCUUGUUUUUAUUAUUUUUUCUCUCCUCCUCUUGCCUCACUAAUUAUUUUCAUUUCAAACCUGCAUUUCCCACAAAAUCAAAAGGAACUUUAUGUGAACACAUGUUUUUUGUUGGGUUUUUGUUCACUUCCACGGUGCUCCAGGAGUUCUUUAGCUUUGCUGUCUUGUUUACUUAGAAAUGCCUGGCAUGUCCCUCGAAGCCAAGGCAGUGUGGCCGCUGACUUCCAGCCUGGUAGAAACCUUCAUUAAGCAGGCAAUUGGCACGUUCAUCACCAUUUGUUAACGAGUUAGGGUAAUCCUAAAUCAGACGAGGCUGAUGUGUGAAGUCAUUCUUUGAGGCUUUAUAAGGCAAAUUUGUCAGCAGCGCUGAAACCUGUGAAGUCUUGUGGAAUCAGAGGAUCAGCACCUGCCUGUGGAGGAACAAGGAAGCUGCAAACCAUGGUUGCACGACAAAAAUGUGUUCAGAGGAAGAAGGGACCAACACCCAAGGUGUUGCUCAAAGAAAGCAGCCAGCCCAGUGUCUGUGCCUGCGGGGGAAACUGAGCUGCCUAAAGCCAAACGUCAUCAUCUUGUGCAACCGGAGUGCAGAGAGAAUGCCCGGGGCAGAGGGAAUGUGGGAAUCCAUCCCCAGGCGAUGAGGCUGGGGAGCGCUGGAGAUGCGGGCACCGACUGUGGGACCGCCCGGCCCGCAGCACCUCCGGCCCACAGGGCCCUGCCCGGGUGGCUCCCGGGGCUGGCCGGUCACCGACUCAGGCAGAAGCUCCAUCGGCACAGCUAUGGGAUAUGGCCCUACCAGACCUUCAAGAAGCUGGGCAUUCCUGGCCCACGGCCUCUGCCAUUUGUGGGAACUUUCCUGGAGUACUGGCAUGGAGUCCACAAUUUUGAUCAGAAAUGCUUUGAAAAGUAUGGAAAAAUCUGGGGGCCACUCCCACGUACACCGCCAUCACCCAGAUGGAGUACUUGGAUAUGGUGGUGAAUGAAUCCAUCUGGCUCUACCCUGCCGGGGGCCAGCUCGAGAGGGUCUGCAAGAAGACUGUGGAGCUCAAUGGAGUGACCAUUCCAGAGGGAAUAGUGGUCCUGAUCCCAGCCUUCGUGCUGCACCGGGACCUGCAGUACUGGCCAGAGCCGGAUGAGUUCAGGCCUGAAAGGUUCAGUAAAGAGAACAAAGAGGGUAUUGACCCCUACACCUUCCUGCAAUUUGGGGCUAGCCCCAGGAACUGCAUAGGGAUGAGGUUUGCUCAUCUUGUUGUGAAAGUGGCUGUGGUUGUCCUGUUGCAGAACUUCUCAUUCAGACCCUGCAAAGACACACCUAGCCCACUGGUCCUGGACUCGAAAGGUUUCAUGCAGCCAAAGAAGCCCAUUGUCCUGAAGAUGGUCCCCAGAGCCCAGGCUGACCUGAAGAAGUGAAGGAAGGAGGAACAGAGGAAGAGACUCUAAUGGUGCCUUCUCCAGCUCUUGAGCUCUUGAGAGGAGAUCAGGUUAAUGUGUGCUCUGUAGGAGUGUCAGGAGGGCAGCCCCCCCCCCCCUCCCCAUUUCAUGGGGGUUUGGCCCAGCAAAAUUACAUGAGCAUUAUUCUAAUGAACAUGAGCCCCAGGUCCUGCUGUCCCCAAUCACAAUAGGCAUUUUGCAAGACCAUUUGCACUCCAGUUAUUUGGGCAUUUUUUUCUCUCUCUCUGAAGAGGCACUUUUCUAAGCAAUUUGAUUCCAGACACUGUCAGUCUCUUCUGGCAGUGUAAUUUAAAUCAAGAUGGGGAGAGCAAAUUGCACAUAGUUAAGUAAUGCUGCCAUUGCUCCUGUUCCCUCUGCCUGCUGGGUGAUUCUGUGUGUCUCCUGGUUUUAUUCUCCUGGGAAUGCAGAGUUGUCCAGGGCGUUUCCUCAGCUCUGUGCUAUGACCCUGACAAGUGUUAAAAUGGUCACAUCCUUACAGGACUGAAUGCCUGCAGCAGAUUUUCUGAUGCUGAUUAUUUAGAUUUUGGAAUGAUUUUAGAUGGCUUUUGUGUGAUUCCAAGUGCAGAUAGGUUAUCUGGAGGAGCCCAGAGAGAAGCAGUUACCCCUAAGGACUGGAGAUUAGCAGAGUGGGAGAGGUGUCCCACAUGUGUUUCCUGAUUGCUUAUUUUAUCAUAGGCAUGCAGCCACCUACCAUGGGAGGGAUUGUCAACACAGGCACCAUCCAUAUUGUUAUCAUGACACCUUUUAGUCUGAUUUAUAUUAGGCUACUGUAAGACCAACUUAACUAAAUUAGUAAUUAUGCAGGGAGCACUGAGAGCCUUCAGAUGUCCUGGGCAAUCCUGUCUGGAAGGAAGGUGCCUUUGCCUAUUGAGAGCUUCAAAAUCUUGCCAAACUUUGUAAUUUUUGUACAGUGUAGGAUUUAAUAUUAUUCCUCCAAAAACUGCUGCAGGAAUGCUAACUGCAAUAAAAAGUUAACUUGCCUCUUCUCUGUCCAGCUGA